AUGAUCCCGGGCACAUCCUGGACACGUCUCUUGCUCAAGCACGACUCAGCGAUUCACAUCUGGACUUCUUAUCAAAGACUCAAUUUUCCUACAAAAAUGAAUGCCUUCCUUCUCUCACCCACCCCGCUGACUGCAGCCCAGCGUGUUUCGCAGCCGCGCGCAUGCAGUCGCCGUCCGACGUGGCAAGCCUCCGUCGCGCAGCCCUCGCCCGCGAGCACUGCCACAUCCGCAAAAGUGAAGGGCGUGCGUGCUCGAGAAAUUCUCGAUUCUCGUGGUAACCCCACCAUCGAGGUUGACUUGGAAACCGACGCCGGCGUGUUCAGAGCCGCCGUUCCUUCCGGGGCGUCCACCGGCGCUUACGAGGCACUCGAAUUGCGCGACGGCGACAAGUCCAGGUACAAUGGAAAGGGCGUUGAUAACGCUAUCGACAAUGUCAAUUCUAUCAUUACGCCGGCUGUCAUUGGAGCCGAUGUUAGAGAUCAAGCCGCUUUCGAUGCCAUCAUGCUUGAGUUAGACGGCACGGAGAACAAAGCCAAGCUCGGUGCAAACGCCAUUCUCGGCGUGUCCAUGGCCGCGUGUAUUGCAGGCGCUGCGGCGAAGGGGAUGCCUUUGUACCGCCAUAUCUCCGAAAUCGCUGGAAAGAGCUCGGAUCCGGUCACUCUUCCAGUGCCGGUCAUGAAUGUUAUCAACGGCGGUAGCCAUGCCGGGAACAAGUUGGCCAUGCAGGAAUUCAUGAUCCUCCCGACCGGGGCUUCCUCAUUCAGGGAGGCCAUGCGAAUGGGAGCUGAAGUUUACGCCGCCCUCAAAGGUGUCAUCAAGAACCGCUACGGGCUUGAUGCCACAGCUGUGGGGGAUGAGGGGGGCUUUGCGCCGAACAUUCAGGACAACGGCGAAGGGCUUGAUCUUUUGGUUGCGGCUAUUGACAAGGCAGGCUACACCGGAAAGAUCAAGUUGGGCAUGGACGUAGCAGCCUCGGAGUUUUUCCGCAAGGAAGGUAGCUACUACGAUUUAGACUUCAAGAAUCCCUCCUCCACUUCACGCCUUUCAUCAUCGGAGCUUGGAGAAAUGUACAAGAGCUUCAUUCGCGACUAUCCGAUGGUCACCAUUGAGGACCCGUUCGAUGAAGACGAUUGGUCUGCGUGGUCGUCUUUGACCGGGGCUGUUGGGUCCGGUACUCAGAUUGUUGGAGAUGAUCUCACCGUUACUAAUGUGAAGAAGAUUGCCCGGGCAAUUGAGGAGAAGUCCGUUAACGGGCUGCUGCUCAAGAUCAACCAGAUCGGCUCUAUCUCUGAGUCUAUUGCAGCAUGCAAUAUGGCCCAGAAGGCUGGGUGGGGAGUAAUGGUCUCCCAUCGUUCCGGAGAAACAGAAGACGCGUUUAUUGCGGAUUUGGUUGUUGGGCUGCAGACGGGCCAGAUUAAGACUGGAGCCCCAUGCAGAUCGGAACGGCUUGCAAAGUACAACCAAUUGCUCCGAAUCGACGAAGACCUCGGAAGUCGGGCGAAAUACGCGGGGGCUAAUUUUAGAUCUCCGUAAUAAGAUGUUUCGCAGUUUCCAUUUUUGUAAACAAGGACAA